AUGUUCUCCUCGAUCGAUUCGCUACUGUCGCCGAUUGGCCCCGAUAAGAAGAGCGCUCCAGAAGAAGCGGCACCUACCGUAUUCACCGAAAUCAACCCGCCUAACACGGAUAAUACUACGAAUUUGCCCCUAAACUCCGCAUCGCCAUCCUCGGAGAAAGAAGCCGAAAUGCUUCAACUCCCCGUCGGCUUCUGCGUGCCGCCCGCCCUCGGCUUCGACCGGCUGCAGUAUCCGAUGCUCGCACCGGCCAGCUUGCUCUACGAUCAGCUAGCGUUGACAUUGGGCGCCUGGCAAUCGUGGGGCAAGAUGCGCCGGCCGAGGACGGCGUUCACCUCCGAGCAGCUGAUCGAGCUGGAGAGGCAAUUCAACGAGAACAAGUACCUCAGCCGCCCGCGAAGAUACCAGCUCGCGCAACAGCUCUGCCUCACCGAGACGCAGGUGAAGAUCUGGUUCCAGAAUCGGCGGAUGAAGAACAAGCGCUGCAAUCCGUUGCUGAGCCCCGGUGCAGCUAAAGAUUGCGCCACCGAAUCGCCAUGUUUGCAA